UCGCACCUCGCCUUUGAGGAUGGCGAUGUUAUUUUACGCUCCACCGACGGCGUUGAGUUUCGCGUGCACAAAUAUAUCCUCUCCAUCUCUUCUCCAUUUUUCUCCAGCAUGUUCACUUUGCCACAAACCAGCGGUGAGACGCAGACUAUCGAGAUAGCAGAGGACGCUAAAACCCUCGAUGCACUCCUUCGUUUCAUCUAUCCGACAUCCGGACUGCGCCGUAUCGAGAAUUUGGAGGAAGGGAUUUCGAUUCUAUUUGCUUCAAGGAAAUAU